AUGAAGCGCAGCCUCGUCGUCCUCUUGGGCGGCCUGAUCGCCGGGGUCUUGGGCGCCCCCCGGGCGUCUAUCGGCGGUCAUGUGCUGCACCAGAAGCGCGACGAGGAGCACCGGUACCAUGACUGGGUCAAGCGCGACCGCCUCCAUCCCGACACCAAGGUGCUGGUCAGCAUGGCGUUGACGCAGCGGAAUGUGGAGCGCGGCAUGGAUCUCGUCAUGUCUGUAUCCGAUCCCGAUAGUCCUUCGUACGGCAAGUACUACACCAGGGACCAGAUCCGCGAGCUCUUCGCCCCCUCGGACGAGUCCGUGUCCCGGGUCAAGCGGUGGCUGGUGGAGUCGGGCGUCCCCGAGUCGGCCAUUGCGGUGCCGCGGUCCAAGACCUGGGUCCGGUUCGACACCACCGUCGCCCACCUCGAGACGCUCGUCAAGGCGAGGUACCACGUCUACGACCACGUCGCCACCCGCGACGAGCACGUGGGCACCGACGAGUACCACCUCCCCGAGGGCGUCGCACCGCACGUCGACUUUGUGCUGCCGGGCGUGGCCUUUAGCCGCCUGGGCCGCGGCGGCGGCGGGAUGCAGAAGCGGAAGACGGAACGGCCGGGUGUCGGGGGUAGGCCGCUUCGUCCCAUGCCUGUGACGAUCCAAUCGAACCCAGGAACGCUCGAGGAUUGCAGCCGCGCCAUGACGCCCGACUGCAUCGCCAAGCUGUACCAGAUCCCCAACGGCACGCUGUCGCACCCCUCGAACCGCCUGGGCAUCUUCGAGAUUGCCGGCGAGGACUACGUGCAGUCGAGCAUGGACCUCUUCACAAAGGCCUUUGCGCCGCACAUCCCCGCGGGCACGGGCCCCGUCGUCUACAGCAUCGACAACUCUACGGGGACGUCUGACGACCCUUGGGCUGCCGGCACGGAAGCCAUGCUCGACUUUCAGGUUGCCGUUCCCAUCGUCUACCCGCAAGGAACGGUCUUGUACGUCACGCCCGACUCGGGGGCUGACAAGGCCGGCGUGUUCAAUCCGUUCCUGGACGCCAUUGACGGGAGCUACUGCAACUUUACCUCGCACGGGUAUACGGGCGAUACGCCCAGCAUAGAUGGCGUGUUUCCGAUGCACGACUGCGGCACCGUGGCGCCCACCAACGUCAUUUCCAUCUCGUACGGCCUCACGGAGCCAUCAUACCCGGCCAGAUACCUGGAGAGGCAGUGCGAGGAGUGGAUGAAGCUGUCCCUCGCCGGCGUCACCCUCGUCGUGGCAUCGGGCGACGACGGCGUGGCCCGACCGGGCGGGAUGUGCCUCGGCGAGCGGUGGGACAUGUUCGUGCCCGACGCGACCUGCGACUGCCCGUACAUCACGGCGGUGGGGUCGACGUUCCUGCCGCCGGGCAAGAAGGCGGGCGUCGACGCCGAGCACGCGACCUCGUCCUUCUCGUCGGGCGGGGGGUUCAGCAACAUCUACAAGACGGCGCCGUACCAGCGGGACGCGGUGGCGCGGUACCUGCGGGAGCACAACCCGGGGUACAAGUCGUACAACACGAGCCGCGGGCAGGUGCCGCACUCGGGCCACGGCGUGUACAACGCGCAGGGCCGCGCGUACCCGGACCUGGCGUGCAACGGGGACAACGUCGUCGUCGUGGUGGGCGAGAGGCAGUGGCUGACGGGCGGCACCUCCGAGUCGGCGCCCAUCGUGGCCGCCAUGUUCAACCGCAUCAACGAGGAGCGCAUCGCCGCCGGCAAGCCCGUCGUCGGCUUCGUCAACCCCGUGCUGUACAAGCACCCCGAGAUGUUCAACGACAUCCUCGUCGGCAAGCAGAACAAGGGGGGCGCCCUGGGCGUGGGGUGCAGCAACGACGGCUUCUCGUGCGUCGAGGGCUGGGAUCCCGUCACGGGCAUGGGGACGCCCAACUAUCCAAAGAUGCUCGAGGUCUUCAUGUCCAUCUAG